AUGGAUCCCAAUCGAGUUGUAGCUGAUGAUGUAGAAAUUAAUGUGCCUGCUCCUGUUCAAGGAGCAGUGCCGGUUGAUUCUAGGCCAAUUACAAAUUCAGGAUCAACUCAUUCGUAUAUAUGUGUGAACUUAGUAUCCAGUAAGAAUUUGCCUGUAGAAUCUACUGAAAUUAAACAAAAGACGAUCGAUUUGAGAUGUCAGAAUAAUGAGAUUAUCCAGAUUGAGUCAGAUGAUCUGAAUGGGUUGUCGGUUGUGAUUUCGUCGAUGAAAGCUCAGAGUUAUGUGAGAAUAGGCUAUGAAACUUACUUUGCUUAUGUUCUUGAUACAAAAGUGACUGAAAAGAAGAUUGAAUCUAUACCAGUUGUGUGUGAGUAUCCGGAUGUAUUUCCCGAAGAGGUACUGGGAUUACCACCAAUUCGAGAAGUUGAAUUUGGUAUUGAACUAGUGUCGGGAACUACUCUGAUAUCAAUAGCUCCAGAUAGAAUGGCUCCGACAGAGUUAAAAGAAAUAAAAUCUCAGUUGUAG